AUGCCUGUUGCUACUUUACCAAACAUCCUUAUUACAGGCACACCAGGGACAGGAAAAUCCACUGUUUCUAAGGAAGUAGCUGAACGUACUUCAUUCAAUUAUGUCAGUGUUAAUGAUGUUGCCAAAGAAGGAGAAUUAUACGAUGGAUAUGAUCCAGAUAAUCAGUGUCAUAUUUUGGAUGAGGAUAGAGUUGUAGAUGAGUUAGAAGACGCAAUGUCCUCAGGUGGUCAAAUUGUUGAUUAUCAUUCUUGUGACUUUUUCCCCGAACGCUGGUUCGAUGCCGUAUUCGUGUUGAGAACAGAUAAUGAAAUCCUCUACCCUCGUCUUACUUCACGUGGCUACUCAAAAGAGAAAGUGGCAGAUCUCAUUCAUUGUGAAAUCGUUCAGGUGGUUUUAGACGAAGCACGUGAAUCGUAUAAUACAGGGAUUGUCUAUGAAUUAGUCAAUAAUACUCCUGAGGAUUUAGAAAGAAAUAUAACACAAAUUUGUGGUUGGAUUCAACAAUGGUCUAGAAGAUCAUCUUGA